CGUCAGGGGCCGGCGAGGCUCUAUAGGGGGCGGCGGCGGCGAGCGGCAGCUGGGAAGAUUUGGCAGGCGGUGGGGAGCGGUGCCCGGCGGCAGUAACGGUGCUGCGCGGCCCUAGCGUCUCGCGAUGACCCGUGGAAACCAGCGUGAACUUGCCCGCCAAAAGAACCUGAAAAAGACUCAGGAGAUCCACAAAGGGAAAAGGAAAGAAGAUAGCUUGUCUGCUUCUCAGAGAAAACAGAGAGACUCUGAAAUUAUGCAGCAAAAACAAAAAGCAGCUAAUGAAAGGAAGUCUAUGCAGACAGGAGCAAAAUGAGCUGUCUGUAUGGCAAAAAUAAGAAUGCACCAAUGAAGCAGAAGGGCCUAGAAGAUAAUUUGUAGAAGUGUCUGGCUAUUAAAUGAUUAAAUGUCUGUAUUGCAGAGCUCUUCAGCUAGCAUUAGUUUUUUCUGUUUAGUAUUUUCUGGUUAAUGUAGGCUUAAUUGUCUGGUGUGCUAUUUCAAAACUGACUACACUGUUCUGCGUGUAUAUGAAAAGUACAAGUGACAGCUCUACUGCAGCUCUUGCUGCAUUUGUUGGUUUUAACUUAGUGGUUCCAGUAACAAUGAAUUUCUGAAUCUACAGUUAGACCAGAUUUUCUUGUCUUAAUUAUUGAAGUACAGCUUCAUUGAGAAUGGAACAUACUUGUAAAAUGUGCUUAAUCUUACAGAGGUCUAAACUGUAGAUCUUGUUAAAUUAUUUUUAUAAUAAAAUGUUGCAUGAAAUACUG